UUAUACCACUUAGCGACUUCAGUACAUGCCUCAUAGUUCCAGUCUCAAACUUAACCCCGUUCCUGCUGAAGAAGAGAAGAUCUGCUGGAUGGAGAAAGAAGCUCUAGUGAAAGAGGAGGAAGAGAAGGCUGUUACAAUACAAAAACAAGUAGAGGAUGAGGCUGUUACCGUGAAAGAGGAUGACGAAGUUUCAGUGAAAGAAGAGGAGACUGAUGAUGAACGAGAGAGACGUGACUAUCAUGGAUCCUCUGGGGGGCCUCAACAACCUCAUGAUGCUGAAGAGGCAGAGAAGAGUCUCUCCAGAUCAAAACACCUCAAGAAACACCAGCAGAGACCCACAGGGAAGAAAUCUCACUUCUGCUCUGACUGUGGGAAAGGUUGCAAAUCUUCAUCAGAACUUAAAAUACACCAGAGAACACACACAGGAGAGAAACCGUAUAGCUGUGGUCAAUGUGGGAAGAGUUUUACUCAGCUAAACAACCUGAUAGUACACCAGCGUACACACACUGGAGAGAAACCUUAUAGCUGUGAUCAAUGUGGGAAGAGUUAUACUAUAUCUAGCUCUCUGACUAUACACCAGAGAACACACACAGGAGAGAAACCUUAUAGCUGUGAUCAAUGUGACAAGAGAUACGCUGAUAAAAGAUCUCUGAUCAAACAUCAGAAAAUGCAUACAAGAAGAAGUUGUUUCAUGAUAUCAAUGAAAUAAUGUCACAAUGUAGAAUGUUUUAACAUUGUAGAAGGAGUAUUUUAAUGAUGUUCUACCUUAUCCUUUCCCCUGUUCAAUUGAUUGCAGCAUGAUAUGGAUAUUAGCCUCAGGGGAAAAUCCAGGCUCUGAAUUGAAAGAGUAUUAUUUAACAAAAAGUGACUAACAAAAAAAAGAGCUGUGUUACACUUACUGCGUUGGUGACCCACUUUAGUCAAAAUGCAGCACUUCAAAAUGUAGCUAGCUGUGUUCUACAAGUUGAAAAAGCUGGUUGUUUAAAAAAAUACAUGUAAUAUGAUAAUUGUUGCAGAUGUUUGUGUAUGUACACACAUGACAGCAGUAUAAUAAAUUGGUCUAUAAUCAAUUUUAUUAACAAUCUGACAUCACUCCAGUAUUUCUUGACAACAUUCAAAUG